GCCCUUCCUUCAAUGUGUCCUCAAGCCGUAAGCAUACUCUGAAGGACAGGAAUCCCACUCAGCCCUUCCUUCAAUGUGUCCUCAAGCCGUAAGCAUACUCUGAAGGACAGGAAUCCCACUCAGCCCUUCCUUCAAUGUGUCCUCAAGCCGUAAGCAUACUCUGAAGAGUUGUAUGCUGGCAGUUGCUAAGGAUUUGCUCGAAGCUGAAGCAUUAGAGAAAGUUAAAGAGCGGGAGAGAUACAUGGAAGAGAACUGCCCUCCUCUGGAGAUGUCCCACUCCAAGGAUGAUUUGGUGGACCUUUGCACAAAGAUGUACGACAAAAUUAAUGUGAUUGAUGAGGAGAGAUACAACUUAGAAUACAAAGCAGUCAUGGUUUGCAAUGAGGUUAUAGACCUAAACAUAAAAAUCGUUGACAUGAGGGGCAAGUUCAAGAAGCCAGCCCUGAAGAAAGUGCGUAUGUCUGCUGAUGCUAUGCUCCAGGCUCUGCUGGGCUCCAAGCACAAGGUGACCAUGGAUCUGAGAUCCAACCUAAAACAAGUGAAGAAGGACGAGAAGAAAGAGGAUAAGGAUUUGCGUGACGUUGGUGACUGGCGUAAGAACAUUGACGACAAGGCUGGCAUGGACGGCAGGAAGAAGAUGUUUCAGGGAGAUUCUUAGAUCAUUGGGAUGUGUUUGUGUGAUGUGGCUGACUACUGUCCUGUAAUGUCUAGCUGUCAACCACAUACUGAUAUGCAUUACAACUAAUAUCAUAACUAUGUAAUACAUCUUUGUUUCUUUUGAAGACAGAAAGAAACAGAAGGAAACAGAAACAAGAUGUGUGUAAUUGUUUGACAGUUGGUUUACUGUAGUAGAGGUAAAAGUGGACAACUUUUCUAAUAAAUGGCCUUUAAAGGAAAUCUUU